GUGUUUCUUUUUUCGCAUCAUUCCUGAGUGACACCAUGAAAAUCACACCGACAGUCUCAUAUCUCUGGACCUGCACUCUGCUCCUCUACACACUCAUCAGAGAGUGUCCAGCAGACAGUGAGAUGAUCACGUCACAGACAGUUCGCGCUCGGCUCGGUCACUCAGCAUCUCUGACCUGUCAGGCUAAAGAAAAGGUUAACGUCGUCCAGUCUCAGUGGAGCCGCUGUCCUGACCACAUCAUCCUUGUCUAUAAAGAACAACCUGGAGCUCAUGUGGUUAACCAGAGCUACAACGGCCACGUCUCCACUGAGGGGUACCACACUCUCAUCCUUAACAGAGUGCAGGAGGGGGAUUUCGGGGAGUACUGCUGCAAACUGACCACAUACCCCAGCGGCAGUCUGGAGGGGCGAGUCCUGCUGCUGGAGGAAGAUGAGAAAGAAGAUGAGAAAUAUGAUACUCUCAGUAAAAGUUUUGGAACAACAAAGCGUCCACCUUCCUCCACCUCACAGCCCACAGCAGGUCUGCCGGUGAUGAUGAUCGUGUACAUCUCCUGUGGUGCUGCAGGGUUUGUGGUUCUGAUGGGGAUCAUCAUUGGCCUGGUCUGUAGGAAGCGGAGGAGAAAGGUGCGUAAUCCGAUCCGUGUUCCAGUGCAGCCUUCAGGUGUCCCCCAGAACAAACAAGAGAAGGGAGACCCAGUGGAGGUGUGUGAUGAAGGUGAUGACGAUGAGGGUGGGAUGUACCUGAAUGUUCCUCAGCUCGACUCCUAAUGGACACUCAGCGCGUGGACAUCAGUGAACUUCCUUAAUCACUCAAACCAGCAGUUUAUAUUUGUGACCUCACAACCAUCCACAGUGACUCAGCUCUUUAGGAACCGAUUCAGUGCAUCAUAAAAGCUCAAAUUCCAUCCUGAUUCAGUUUUAUUCCAUUCGAUUCUUUAGGAAAUGAUUCAGUGAGUCAUAAAAGCUCACAUUUCAUCCUGACUCAGUCUGAUUCAGUUCAAAUCAACUCAAUUCAACAAAAAACAACGGACUGCAUCAUAAUAUCUCAAAUUCCAUUCUGAUUCAGUCUGAUCCAGGUAAUGAUUCAGUGCAUCACGGAAUCUCAAAUGAUUAUCUUCCAAUUCAUUUAUAGUUUUAAUACAGUUCAGUUUUGUUUUUGGAAAUACAGAAAUGUGACUGUACAGGCAGUAGAAGCAAAACUCCAAGCUUUUCUUGUUUUAAAAGUCCUGAGAGAUUUAAUUUGGGACAAAAAUGCUUGGAUUUUUAUGGAAUAUUAUUAUAAUCUCAAAAGUGCAGUUGAAUCGGCUCCUUCAGAUUAAAGCUUCAUAUUUAAUAGAUACAUUUUUACACACGCACACACACACACACGCACACACACACACACACACACACACACAUAUGUAUAGAUAUACAUAUAUGUUGUUUGAUAGCUGCUGCAGUCUGUUGGGUUCUGUAAAUGUAUUUGUUUUAUGUCUUUGUGUAUUUAAUGUAAAUGAUAUGAAUUAUGUGAAUUAUUGCAGUGAUAUGUUCGGGGGUGAGUUGGGGCGUCAUCCAAAACAUCAUGGGAAAACAAGAAUAUAGUCUUUUAAAUGAUGAUGCGAUCAGUCGAGCUCAGUAUGAUCAGGAACAUCAACAUAACAUUAAAAACAACAUUGAUUCAGUUCUGAUCCGACUUUAAAGGAGCGAUAUGUGAUCCUGAGAGCACGUGUUUAAAAUGGGCACUACAGUCCAAACUCAGUGCCCAAAUAUUGGGGAGUUUUCUAGCCCCACCCGCUCCUCCCCAGACUCCAAGCUCACAUGGGUUGCCAGAUUAAGCACACUGAACCUACACAAACAAUGACAUUAAACUUGACAAUAUCAAGUGAUGACGAGUCUUACACUGUAAGCUGAUCCGCUAAUGUACGUUUGCAAUGUUUUAUAUAUAUUACUAUAAACCAGCUUGUGUGGAGUUUUGCAACUCAGUGUUAGUUAGAUGCAUGGCUGGCUGUGUACAGUGGCCAAAGCUAAGCCCGUAAUCCUGAAGACAAGCACCCGUCCCUUCUAGCAUCAGUGAUAAAUUAGUUAAGGUUAGCUACCCUAACAAAAAAGAAGUUUAUAAACGUGUGUUAUUAGUGUACUUUUUUAAACUAAAAGUGGGCCAAUUUAGUCCCACGAAGUACUCAAAUAGUACACUUGCUAGUAAACUACUAGUACAUUGAUAUUAGUAAACUUACUACAUAAACUCUACUUGGGAAAUACACUUUACUUAAGUUUACUUAAUAAAAUUUGCUUUAAUACAGCUCAAUGCUGACCCCUUCAGGAGACUCGCCAUCCAUCUCAAAGUCCUUUGGGCUCUAAGCGUCUUGCUUUAACUGCGUCUCUGGUCUUGGAGCUGUUUAGAAGCUUUUUAGCUCGGGUAGAAUCUGACGUCAUCUCUGCUGAUCCAGUUUGUUUCCUUCCGUGGCUGCAGCUCGCUGUGUUUACCAAUUUGUUUCACAUCUGGCAACCCGGGGUGAGGAAAUGGUACUGUGAAAUGGGCAGUGGGCAGGACCACAGCACAAACAGAACGGAAAUCUCAACGGAGAGCAUGCUGGCUGUAGUUGUCGUUGGAGAAGCCGGUAUUUCAGCUGAGCAUGUUUCUUUAAUCUCUGAUCACACAUCAUGGCCACUUUAUGAUUUAUUACAGUAAAUAUGUCACAUAUUGUUCCUUUAAAGUCAAACGUUUAGUUCACACUCAGCCGUCAGGGCCCUGUGGUUCUGUUAUCUUUCCUUAUUAAA